GAAUAGUUAUAAGAAAGAUAAAAAAUAAUAAACAUCAAAUUUUCGAUUCAGAUAGUUAAGAUCAAAUCUAUUUUCCAAUUCCUAUGUUCUUUUAGUAAUCUUUUCAUGCCGAUUUCUCUAUAUAAUCGACUCCGCCCUUGCUCCAAAUCAACACACAAACAUCAAAAUCACCACCAAAAUCAAGAACAAGAAAGAACGAAGAAGAAGAAGAAGAAGAAGAAGAAGAUCAAAUGGCUGGUUUCGGAAGUUCAGAGAAUUCGAACGACUCACCACUCUGCGCCAAUAACUGUGGCUUCUUUGGAAAUCCGAAGACUCGCAACUUGUGUUCCAUCUGCUACGCUGCUUUUCUUAAAGAAAAUCUGAUUUCAAUCCCAACGAAACCCGAUGAAGUUGCUCAACGGCGACAGGACUCCGACGAUUCGCUCAAAUCGGAUUUGGAGAGUAUUGAAGUUUCAGAAUCGGAAACUGCGAUGAAUCCGAGUUGUUCAGAAACCGAUUCGAAAGCGCCGGCGAGAAAAAACAGAUGCGGACUCUGCAACAAGAAGGUCGGAUUGUUAGGGUUUUCGUGCAGGUGCGGUGGUUUGUUUUGCCGUAUGCAUAGAUUUGAGGAUAAACAUGGAUGCAACUUCGAUAUGAAGACGGUGGAGCGAGAGAGAUUGGGUAGACAGAUGAUUGAAAUCAAGGGCGACAAGCUUGAAUAUAGAGUUUAGAAUCAAUCACAGUUUUAGUUUUUAGUUUUCGCUAAAUUUAAUUAUUAUUUGA